AUGAAAUCUCUUCAUAUUGACCAAUUAAUGGAUCAAGAGGUUGUUAAUCUUUCUGGUGGUGAAUUUUAUGCAAGGUGUAUAAGCUCUGUUUCAAUUGGUGAGUUUGUGCCACCUGCAUACAAUGUUCAUCUGGCUGCAUUCCGGGCGAGAUUUUACAUGGAGCCAGAUAUAUCAGACAGUGGGUCAAUGAUAAGUGGUGCAGCCGGUGGACGUGGAAUGGGUGGUGGUGGGAGAAGCACACGUGCGAAUGCAUGA